AUGGGCACGAAACGAGCACACGCCGACUUCGAUUCGGAAGGCGCGCAGCCGCACGACCAGCGCAGCAACUCCCCGGGCUCGGAAGACGGCCAGCACGACAACAAAAGGUUCAAGGCCACCAAGAGGAGGCACAGGGCGAAGGAGGGCACGACGAACUGGAACAAGACGCGCGCGAGAACCAUCAGAAGGCUGUUACAGAGCGGCAAGGAGCUGCCGGCCACGAAGCGCAAUGAGCUGGAGCAGGAGCUGCAGGCGCUGCAGGAGAGGGUCGAGGAGCACGACUUCAGGAAGAGGCGGAGCAACAUGAUUCAGAAAUACCACAUGGUUCGGUUCUUUGAGCGGAAAAAGGCAGAGAGGCUCCUGAAGCAACUCCGCAAGAAACUCCAGCAGACCGAAGACGCCGAAGAGAAGAAGCGCCUCGAGGCCGAGGCCCACGUGGCCGAAGUGGACGUCGCCUACGCCCGCUUCUUUCCCCUGAUGGAGCGCUACGAGAGUCUGUACGCCGACAAGAACAAGGAUGCCGGGGACGGGGAAGAGAAGCAGGAGGAGGGGGCGGCGGGCAAGGCCGACGAGGCCGACGAGGACAAACCCUUCAAGCAGCCCAAGGCGCUGCAGGCGCUGCACGCGGAGCGGCCAAAGAUGUGGGCGACGGUCGAGAAGGUGCUGCCGGAGGGUGAGGCGGCGCUGUACAGGCUGCGCGACCGCAAGUCGCCGGCGGACGCGGCCCCGCACCAGAGGCAGCCCCUGCCGCAGCGGAAGCAGCGACCGGCGCGAGCGAAGGAAGAGGACCCGUGGCUCGCGCGGUCCAAGAAGUCUUGGGACGAUGCCAAGAAGACGAGAGACCCCAAGCAGCCGAUGAACCGAAGAGAGCGUAGGGCACUGGAGAGGAAGGCUCCGAAGAAGGUGGAGGAGGAGGACGACGGCACGGGUUUCUUUGAGUGA